AUGAAAGAACUAGCCACCAUGAAGUACGCGAUACCAAUCCUUUUGAUUUCCCUACUCAGUUUGAGUGAAUCCAAAACACUGCAUAGAAAUGCUUAUGGAAAAGAUUCCACAUUAGAUUCUUCUCAGUGUUCUUCAAAGAAGAAUUUAGUUAACCUAGCUACCAUAUUUUUGGCCCAGUUUGUCGAAAAAGCCACUUAUGAAGAAGUCAGUAAAAUGGUAACUGAUGUAUUGACGGUAAUUAAGAAACCCACUGACAGUGAGCAGCCUGAGGGGUGUUUAGAAAGCCCGCUGUUUGCCUUUAUGGAUGAAAUUUGCCACGAGGAGGAAAUUUCUGAAAAGUCUGGGCUUUCAGACUGCUGCAAGCAAAGUGGAGAGGAAAGACAUAAAUGUUUUCUGGCGCACAAAAGGGCUGCUCCAGCGUCCAUUACACCCUUCCCGGGUCCAGACCCCAAGAGGAUUUGCCAAGCAUAUGAAGAAAACAAAGAGACGUUCAUAAACAGGUACAUCUAUGACGUCUCCAGAAGUCACCCCUUCCUGUACUCUCCUACUGUUCUUUCUUCAGCUGCUCGUUAUGCCAAAAUAAUGCCCCUGUGCUGCAAAGCCGAAAACGCAGCCGAAUGCUUUCAAACAAAGACUGCAUCCAUUAACAAAGAAUUAAGAGAAAGCAGCUUGUUAAAUCAGCACAUAUGUGCAGUCAUGAAGCAUGACGGGCCCCAAACCCUCCAAGAAAUCAUUACUAUUAAGCUGAGUCAAAAAUUUCCCAAAGCAAAUUUUACUGAAAUUCAGAAAUUGGUCCUGGAUGUGGCUCACAUACACGGGGAAUGUUGCAGAGGAGACGUGUUGGAGUGUCUGCAGGAUGGGGAAAAAAUUAUGUCAUAUUUAUGUUCCCAAGAAGAUAUUCUAUCAAACAAAAUAGCAGAGUGCUGCAAGUUACCCGUGCUUGAACUUGGUCAUUGCAUAAUUCAUGCAGAAAACGAUGACAAGCCUGAAGAUCUAUCUUCAAAUCUAAACAGAUUUUUAGGAGAUAGAGAUUUCAGCCAAUUUUCUUCAGAGGAGAAAAACAUGUUUUUGGCAAGCUUUCUUCAUGAAUAUUCACGAAGACAUACCAAUCUUCCUGUUCCAGUAAUUCUAAGAGUUGCUACAGGAUACAAGGAAGUGGUAGAGAAGUGUUUCCAGACUGAAAACCCUCUUGAAUGUCAGGACAAGGGAGAAGAAGAAUUGCAGAAAUACGUACAGGAGACUCAAGCAUUGGCGAAACAAAGCUGUGGCCUCUUCCAGAAACUAGGAGACUAUUACUUUCAAAAUGAGAUCCUCAUUUCGUACACGAGGAAAGCCCCUCAGCUGAGCUCAGCUGAGCUGAUCGACCUCACCAGGAAGAUGGUGGCCAUAGCAGCCAUGUGCUGCCCACUCCCUGAGGACAAGCGGUUGGCCUGUGGCGAGGGGGCAGCUGACCUCAUUAUUGGACAGUUAUGUAUCAGACACGCAGCAACUCCCCUGAACCCUGGUGUUGGCAGAUGCUGUGAUUCUGCAUAUGCGAACAGGAGGCCCUGCUUCUCCAGCCUGACAGUGGAUGACACUUACGUUCCUCCACCAUUCUCGGAUGACAAAUUCAUCUUCCACAAGGAUCUGUGCCAAGCUCAGGGCAGAGCACUGCAAACAAUGAAGCAAGAGCUUCUCAUUAGCCUUGUGAGGCAAAAGCCCCAAAUGACAGAGGAGCAGCACGAAGCCGUCACUGCAGAUUUCUCGGGCCUUCUGGAGAAGUGUUGCCGAGGCCAGGAGCAGGAAGUCUGCUUCGCAGAAGAGGGUCCAAAACUGAUUUCAAAAACUCGUGCUGCUUUGGGAGUUUAA